AGUAUACAUUUUUCAGCAUGCCACCUCCCUCCAGAUACACAUUACAUCCUAAACGCGUGUCCCACAUUUCAAACAAACGACUGGUAAUCUUCCAACUCCACCCAAAGCUUUUGUUUCCUCCAAUAAUUGCCCCCAUACCUGUCGACCUGUCUGCGCAAUCAUAGACACACACUGGACUUAUCGCUCUUAUCUCAGCCUCCUUUGUCUUCGUCUUCAAUACAAUAGUUGCUAAUUGAUGUAAAACGAUUGACGAAAGGAUUUAAUCUGCUUGAUGGACGGGUUUCACUUGAAGAACGAGAAGAACGGAAGCGUCUUGGAUCAUGGAGUAAUGGCGGAGGUGUGAAGAAGUCAGGUGCUUCUCACAGGCUGAAUGAAUACCAUACAUUAUUAUUAGAUUAUCCAAAGUAUUGUGGAUUGAUAGUAUGUGACAUCGGAAGGAACCAUCAUUCUCUAAACGACAUGUAUCAAUCGUGAACCACUGUGGCGUCAUGAAUAUCUGCUGCUGCCUACUUACUGCUGACCUCCCGCCAGUGUGGUACCGCGGACUUUAUAUCAACACGCUGUCCUUCUUCGGAAUCAUGGGCUCAAGGUCUGCCUCGUGCCUCGUCAUGUCGACUUCAUUUCACAAGGUCACCUUCUCUCAGGAGAUGAACACGGGACGUCGCCUUGAAUUUGAAGACGUUGAGUUUGUUCUGGAGCCGUCGCCAUGCGUCUGCGCCUCUCCCGGCUCCAGUGCGAUGUGCGGCUGGUACGAGGAGGGGGGAAAGCUACGCCGCCGCCUCUCCCCUCGGAGGAAGAGUUCUAUCGUACCGAGAAGGCGUUCUGUCGCUCACACCCACGGCGGGAGGCAGGUAUUGCCGCCUGGCUCAAAGCCGUUCGUGCAUCACCAGGACACACAUAAGUACAUCGAGGAAUACCGGGCCAGUCGGCAGCGAUCUGCAAUGCCAAUGGAGCUAGUGCGCAUCACUACGCCGACGGUUGGGAAGAAACCCAGGGCGGUGGAAGUUCAGAGGACCCCCAGGUCCCGGGAAAAGAGGACGCAGUUCCUACCUCCGAACAUUGUAACAUUUCAGGUUUUCUCUGAAGAUCCCAUGCCUAGUACUCCACCGUCUCCACGAAGUCACAGCCAACACAAUACAAUUUCAAUCACGAAAGUUAAACAAAAAACGGAAAGCUUCCCAAAGAGAAAUUUGCCGAAAGGUGGAGAACGGUUAGCUGCCACACCCUCGCACCGAUCCCAGACUGCCAAGGAUUCUGGUCGCCAUAGCACCCAGAGCGAACCUCCAAGUGACGUCAUCUGUCCACCAAGAUGGCGGCCACAGUACCAGACUUUCAAGGACAUGCAUUCCCGGCCGAGUUGUAAGAAAGUACCUCACUGAGGAGGACAGAAAAAAAGA